AGCCGUCGGCAAUGCAGAGAAAGCACCGCCACCAACGCGCGUCUUCAGACCGAUAAACGACGACACCCGCAGCCUUCAGCGCACCUUCCGCUGUCGAGAGAAAAGAUGACGAAGUUGUGGAUACUCCUGGCGUGUCUCUGGACGGCCAUCAGCUGCUCGCCGGCUUAUCUUCCUCAUCGACAUCAUCCUCAUCAACCUCACCAUCAGCUACCCUGCCAGGUUUUUGUUCCCCAGCGUCACAGACAGCGGACAUCAAGCAGUGAAGAGGAUUAUCUUCCUCAUCAAAAUCAACCUCAUCAACCUCACCAUCAGCUACCCAGCCAGGUUUUUGUUCCCCAGCGUCACAGACAGCGGACAUCAAGCAGUGAAGAGGUUUAUCUUCCUCAUCGACAUCAUCCUCAUCAACCUCACCAUCAGCUACCCUGCCAGCCCACAAAAAAGACACCCAUCUUAACACGGAGGCCCCCAGUUAAAGAGACGACAACGAGGCCAUGGGUGCCACCAAAGAUGACCACAACGACUCCAGCCCUGCCUCCCUCCGUGGUCACAACAGCUCAUCCUCCGCCAUUGCCACCUACACAAAUGACAACCAGCACAGCCUGCGGACCUGCCAUGACAUCAAGAGGCCCAACGCCCACCCACAGCCCAAGGGGAGACGAGUAAAGCCCCCUGAGUCCUGCUGUGACGCCUGAAGUUAACGCACUUCUUGUAAUUUUGUUUUUUUUUUCUAAACCAAGGGGGUCGGACCCUAAAACGGAGUGAGGUCUUCACUGUUGGAAUGAUGCAGGACCACUUUAGUUUAUGUUAUGGAGUGCCCUUCAAUGCCAGGGGGCGCUAAAGAACUUUCACUCAACUUUAUUAGCACAGAAUGAGAGUUUAAAGAAAUGUCAGCAAUGGCUGUGAGACAGGGCGCUAUAGAAUGAAUUAAUAUGUAAUCUGAAUGAAUAAAUCAAUUUUAUAUAAUGUGAACAAAUGAAUUAAUAUAUAAUCUGAAUGGAUGAAUGAAUAAAGA